AUGGCCAAUGAUAAUAAUGGACAAUAUUACAGUGAACAGUGCUUUAAUGAACAGUUAUAUAACGAGCAGUUGUAUCAUGGUACAACAAUGAAAAAUUCCAAUUUUACCAAUAUAUCUUACGACUCUGCUGAAAUGCUAGAAGGUCAAGUUCCCACAAGUAAUUUUAACGGAUUCUCGAUGAUCAAUUAUGAAAAUUUAGAGGAGAUAAAUACUUCCGAUUUAACGGCAUUUAAUUUAGAUCCUGCUUUUUUGUCAUCGUCGAAUAAUUUAUCAUCGUCAACUAGUUUAUCACCGUUGCGGAAUUGGUUAACAUCUUUAAAUACCGACAAUAUGCCAUCUUCAUUAAAUAAUUACGAGGAAAAUAGUUACCGUGAAAUUCAAGUACCUUCUAUUAAUUUUACGCUAAAUGGGUAUUCAAAUGCUGAAGCACAUUCACAAGUUGUUUAUCCUCAAUAUGAGCAUGAACCACGUACUACAGAAGAAUACAAUCCUCAUUGGAUUGGUACUGAAGCAAUACCUUCGAAUGAAUGGUCUUACAAUCACGGGCCGGAAUAUUUUCAAAACGCAAAUUACGAAAAUCAAGUUUAUUAUCCAAAUAAUCAAGAAAACUAUAGUCAAAAUCAACAAAUUUCAAUGUUCAAUAAUUCCAUGAACUCAAGAGCAGGAAUGGAUAACGUAAAGACAGUCGUGAAACGAUCUCGACAGGUAUUUACUAAAUAUCAAACUAAAACUUUAGAGGACGAAUACAAGAAGAAUAAUUACGUAAAGAAAGCAAGAAAAGCUGAAUUAGCGAUUCUGCUGUCCCUUUCUGAAACACAAAUUAAAAUCUGGUUUCAGAACAGAAGAACUAAAACCAAAAAACAAUCGACUUUUCAAUAA